AUGGAUUUCCUCUCGCAAGAAGAAUUACUGAAAUACCGUACGCUCACCCAAAUUCUGUCAUUGACAAAUGACUUGCCCAUCGUGUCUCCGUCCAAUCUAGGCCUCAUCAGGGGCAGAAGGGGGACCUUGUCUUCCGACGCCUUCCCUUACUUGUUCGCCUUCGCUCAACUCGUCACAUACAAGAACCAGGUCGCGACUACUAUUUUCAAUCUUGGAGACCGUACGAAGCCCCCUCGCGUUGUCGUCGUGGGCAACGCUUCCGCAUCGGCAGCGGCUUCCCAAACUGCAUCCAGGGAUACUCGCCAGAGCCAACUGGUGUGUAAAAAGACACAACUUACGGGAACAUCGUUUCCGGCCGGUACAAAGGCAGCGGCACAGUAUUACGUUGACAUGAUCGACAAGACGACUGAAGAUGGAAAGCUGCAGUCGAGGAUAACGUUUGCCGUACAUGAGAACAACCUCGUCGGCAUGCUGAGGCAAACUCGCAUAGCCCAGACUGACGAUGAACUGGAUAUCGCUGGCGAGAACCUGAUGGACUACCUUGCUAUCAUAAGCUGUGAAAAGACCCAUAAUCGAUUGUUUCAGAGCGGCCCAGUCCAUUGUGUAAAGGGAACAGAGACUCUAGAAGCCACAACGGAGGCUGCUAAGCACACUUUGACUAGGACAUUCUACGAUAUUCUCACCAUGGAUGUCUCCAAUUGUGAAUGGGCCUAUACGAGCCGUUCUCUUCCUCCGGUGGUACCUCUCACAUGGCAUCAAAACCAGGUUUAUAGAUGUGUUGUAAAGUUCCUCCAGCUACAUCGCCAAGAUCAAGUGCUGGACCAUUAUCCAAGACCAGAUGCAUCAUGGUAUAAUGCUACCGGAAGAGUAGUCUUCCAUCACAUCAUCACGCGCCUUCUCGAGGGAUUAGCUAGAGCAGUCGAAAAAUUACUGAUGCAAAAGUGGGAGUGCCACCGCAGAAAGACCGACAUCCUUCUGGGCAUUGGGUCCAGAGAGCCCGACGUCUCUAGUCUCCAGCGAGCCGCUGAACAGUUAUCAGAUUGGGCACAUCAUCUGUCCGAGCUUCGCUUGGGGUUCAGCAAGAUACUGCCUCAUCAUUUCAAGUGGCUGAAACGUGAACUUCGUCGGAACAACUCCGACCUAUUGAAGCAGAAGAAUGCACCUUCAGACGCCGAAUUUAGCUCCUCGAACGACACCGUCGAAGACUUCUCGGGGAUCUUGGUGGCCGAGGAAAGACUCGACACCGGAAAUCCAGAAUACUCCCCAGACUUCGCCAAAUUGUCUGAACUUUCACACGAUGAUUGGGCAAAUGGUGCCAUCAAUUACCUGCGUUUUAUUCUCCGGGAUAUUUCUACACACGUCGAACUUGAUAGACUGGAGAUCUGCGAGGAGCCAAACUGGAGGGAGUACUUCUCGAACAUCGUGAAGAAGGGCGAAUUCCAUCUGAUAGAAGUCAAUACAGAGCACAACGAUCACAAGAUGAUGUCCAUCAGGAAAGUCUUGGAGGAGGAAUUGGGGUCUGGGGGUGAAGAGGACCCAGAACACCCCGAUCCCCUGGGAGAGAUCUUACACUGGAUCAACUCGGAAAACAACGGCACAAACCUCAUGAUCGGCGAGUACGAUUUUGACAGUACCUACUUCAGUGGCGGAUACCGCUGCGAAAGCACGAUGCUCUGCUUGCAGCUCCUCGCCAGAGAAAGAGACAACCUCAGUCCAGCGUCGAUCAACAGCGGCAUGGUCCUCCCAGAGAAAGAAGUCACAGAUCUCUUCCAGGACGACAUCGUCAUCAUGCCUUCGAGCAGGCUAUGUUGCCCUUCCUGUAUGCACCUGGUCCAAUACUUCUACUACCACCACCGUCGCCGUACUCAGGCCAUCUGGGGAAGCGAUGUCCACAAAGACUGGGUCCCUUGUUCACUGCCGCCGUGGAUCCCCAGGAAAGCAGGAGAAUGGAUGUUGGCUCAAGCCAGCAAUUCGCUGAAGCAGCGGCUGGAAGGUAUCAUUGACGCCAUGGAGGUUUCUAGACCAGAUGAUGCCGCUACAGCUUUGCAGGAAUUGCACCCUACCCCCGAACUUGAUAUGGAUUAG